AUGGCAGAAUGCCGUCAGUCAAUACUGAGUGGACUGAUGUGUCAACGAUCCUUUCCCCAAUCCCCACACCUUAGCACCCACUUUGACACGCAUUCUCUCCUUCCUGAAGCAUUCUUUACUUCAUUGGCAACUCUAUCACUCAUUCGUCUUUUAGCAUUUCACCCUUAUUAUUUCACUAUUUCCUCUUCAUUACUUACUUACUUAAUCCAACUGAACCUGAUAUUUAUAUUUUUAUUCAUCCAUUUACUCAUUCCACACUUUUUCCACGCAUUUACGACUUAUUUAUUCACUUAUCCAUUUGUCCAUGAGUUCGUUCCAAAUUUGGUAACUGAUUAUUUCAUUCAAACCCACAUUCACGAUUCUUCCAGUGAGGCAUUAAUAUUUUCUCCUCAUUCAUGUAUUUAUUCAUCUGCGAUUCUUACCUUCGUACAUCCAAUCACACAGUCAAAACCCAACCAUUCACUUGCAAAUUAA